AUAGUGGGAGGAAGAAGACGAAGAAGACGGUUGUGAGGAUAUGUCAAAGUUUACCUGAGCGUUCAGUUCAAUUUGAUCGUUUCAGGCACCGAGAUGGGGCUCAUGGCAGGGAGAAGCUUCUUAAGUCUGCUCUUCCUCGUUAUAUUCCUGGCCGAGGGUUAUUUUAGAUCGUAUCAUGUUGUGGCCCAUCACUGUGUGUGGUACGGUGAGUGCGGUGAGUCGACGGUGGCUGGAAAAAAGUACAACUGCAACUACACUGGUCCACCUAUGCCACUACAACCUGAUGGUUAUCAGCUUCUCACCGAGCUCUGUCCUGGGUACGACUAUGGAAACAAAAGUCUCUGCUGCAACGCUGACCAGUUGCGAACCCUCAAAGGCAGUCUCCAGCUGCCACUUCAGUUCCUGUCUCGGUGCCCGGCGUGUUUCUACAAUCUCAUGAACCUCUUCUGUGAGCUGACAUGCAGUCCCCACCAGAGUCAGUUUAUGAAUGUCACCAAUAUUACUGGCGUAGACGUAAGGGCAGUGGAAUACUAUAUUGGACAAACAUUUUCUAACGCCAUGUACAACGCAUGCAAGGAUGUCCAGGCACCAUCUAGCAAUGUGAAGGCCUUAUCUCUUCUGUGUGGCAAGACCGCAAAAGAAUGCAAUGCUACCAACUGGAUCCAGUACAUGUUCAGUACCAAGAAUGGACAGGCCCCUUUUCCCAUCGAGCCAGUAUUCACAGAUGUCCCGUUGGCUGGUUACACUCCCAUGAACAACAAUACAUACGCCUGUAACGAAAGCCUGGACGAUGGUUCAGGCCCGUGCUCCUGUCAGGACUGCACCAAGUCCUGCGGCCCGAAACCCGUACCUCCACCGCUCCCGCCUCCAUGGACCAUCCUUGGUAUCGAUGCCAUGGCCGUCAUCAUGUGGCUCUCCUACAUGGCCUUCCUGCUCAUUUUUUUUGGAGUUCUUCUGGGAGUUUGGUGUUACAGGAAAAGAGCUAUCACAUCUGAGUAUGGCCCCAUUUUGGACAGUAAUAACCCACUGUCGCUUAACGGUGAUGAUCCUGAUCAAGUAAAUGCAUCAUGCUGUGAAACGCUGGGUGAGCGUUUUGAGAAUGGCCUGCGGAUGCUCUUCAGCUCCUGGGGUUCCUUCUGCGUGAGGCAUCCAUUUCUCAUUCUCUUCUGCUGCCUGGUACUGGUGGGAGCCUCAGCUGGGGGCCUGGCCUACAUGCACAUCACCACUGACCCUGUUGAGCUCUGGUCAUCUCCCAAGAGCCAAGCUCGUCAAGAGAAGGAUUACUUUGACAAACACUUUGGACCUUUCUUUAGAACUGUGCAGCUCAUCAUAACUACUCCACUCAUGCUCAAUGAGACCUACGAUCCGUAUUUAGGAGGACCAUCUAUCCCAUUCGGUUCGGUUCUGAACAAAGAGCUCCUGCAUCAGGUCCUGGAUCUGCAGCUUGAAAUUGAAGGCCUCGUAGCCUCAUAUAAUCAAGAAUCCGUUACCCUGAAGGACAUCUGCUUGGCUCCUCUGGCCCCGUACAAUGACAACUGUACAAUCCUUAGUGUCCUAAACUACUUCCAGAACAGCCACGCUGCACUGGAUCACUAUAUGGGAGAUGAAUUUUAUAUCUGGGCUGACUAUCAUGACCACUUCCUCUACUGUGUCAGUGCCCCAGCUUCCCUCAACGACACCACUAUGCUACAUGACCCUUGUUUAGGCACCUUUGGUGGCCCUGUCUUCCCUUGGCUUGCACUGGGGGGAUACGAUGACACAAACUACAACAAUGCCACUGCACUCGUGAUCACCUUUCCCAUCAACAACUAUUUGAAUGACACCGUCAGAUUGGAGAAAGCUCUGGCGUGGGAAAACGAGUUCAUCAAAUUUAUGAAGAACUUCAGCAACCCCAACCUGACCAUCGCUUUCAGUGCAGAGAGGAGCAUUGAAGAUGAAAUCAACAGAGAGAGCAACAGCGACAUCAACACUGUGGUCCUCAGCUAUGGCAUUAUGUUCAUCUACAUCUCCCUGGCCCUGGGUCACAUCCACAGCUUUAGAAGAGUGCUGGUGGACUCUAAGAUUUCCCUGGGUAUAGCAGGUAUCCUGAUUGUGCUGAGCUCUGUGGCCUGCUCACUGGGGAUCUUCAGCUACUGUGGUGUCCCGCUCACGCUCAUUGUGAUUGAGGUCAUUCCCUUCCUUGUGCUGGCUGUUGGAGUGGACAACAUCUUUAUCAUAGUACAGACAUACCAGAGGGAUGAGCGGAUGCCACAGGAAGAACUCCACCAGCAGAUCGGUCGUAUUCUUGGAGACAUCGCCCCGAGCUUGUUUCUGUCCUCCUUCUCUGAGACCGUCGCCUUCUUCCUGGGAGCGCUGUCCAGCAUGCCAGCAGUCAGGACGUUCUCCAUGUUUGCUGGCUUGGCUGUUUUUAUUGAUUUCCUUUUGCAGAUCAGUUGCUUUGUCAGCUUGCUCGGUCUGGACGCUAAAAGGCAAGAGAGGAAUCGACUUGAUGUCUUCUGCUGCAUGACGCUGCCAGAAGGCCAGGAAAGCAAAACAGAUGGCUUCCUGUUCCGGUUUUUCAAGAAAGUCUUCGCCCCAUUCAUCCUCACGGAGUGGGUGCGACCAGUCAUAGUGGCAGUGUUUGUGGGAAUGCUCUCCUUCAGUAUUGCUGUGGUGAAUAAAGUUGAGAUCGGACUGGACCAGAAAUUAUCCAUGCCAGAUGACUCGUAUGUGUUGGACUACUUCAAGAACAUGAGCGAGUAUCUCCACACCGGAGCACCUGUUUACUUUGUGGUAGAGGAAGGUCUCAACUACAGUAGCCCAGAGGGUCAGAAUGCUGUUUGUGGAGGGGUGGGGUGUAACAACAACUCCCUGGUGCAGCAGGUCUACACAGCUUCACUUCUUAGCAACUACACAAGCAUUGCGAGCACACCAUCCUCCUGGCUCGAUGACUACUUUGAUUGGGUGAAGCCUCAGUCCACCUGCUGUCGGUACUACAACACCACCGGGGCCUUCUGCAAUGCCUCCGUGGUAAACUCGUCCUGUGUAUCCUGUCGGCCGAUGACUCCCAGUGGAAAACAGAGGCCUGAAGGAGAAGACUUCAUGCACUUUUUACCCAUGUUUCUGUCUGACAACCCCAACCCCAAAUGCGGAAAAGGUGGCCAUGCAGCCUAUGCCACAGCAGUUGACCUGUAUCCCAACAACACAGGGGUAGGAGCCACGUACUUCAUGACUUACCACACCAUCCUAAAGGAGUCCUCAGAUUAUACAGAGGCUCUGAAAAUGGCUCGAAUCCUGGCCAAAAAUAUCAGUCAGUCCAUGGACCACAAAGUUUUCGCCUACAGCGUCUUCUACGUGUUUUACGAGCAGUACCUCACCAUCAUGAAUGACACUAUUCUGAACCUGUGCGUCUCGCUGGCAGCCAUAUUUGUGGUGACAACAGUGCUGCUGGGCUUCGAGCUGUGGGCAGGCGUCCUGGUCAGCAUUACCAUCGCGAUGAUUCUGGUCAACAUGUUCGGUGUCAUGUGGCUGUGGGGCAUCAGCCUCAAUGCAGUGUCACUUGUGAACCUGGUUAUGAGCUGUGGGAUCUCGGUGGAGUUCUGCAGUCACAUCGUGCGAGCCUUCACCGUCAGCGUGAAGAACAACAGAGUGGAGCGUGCUGAGGAGGCCCUAGCUCACAUGGGCAGCUCAGUUUUCAGUGGGAUCACAUUAACAAAAUUUGGAGGCAUCUUAAUUCUGGCACUUUCCAAGUCGCAGAUCUUCCAGGUCUUCUAUUUUAGGAUGUACUUGGCCAUAGUGCUGCUGGGAGCGGCGCACGGCCUCAUCUUCCUCCCUGUACUGCUCAGCUAUAUAGGUCCAUCAGUGAACAAAGCAAAGGUGUUUGCCGCUAAGAAGCGCUGGUCUGGCACAGAAAGGGAGUGCCUACUCAACUACUAGCAGCUUGCUUGAGCCACUGAACAAUGAACUAACUAUUUGUCUGUGAGCGACGUGUGUGGGUGUGAGCGCGAGCAAUUUCUGUGAUCACUGACGCACUCAUCGUCAUUGCCACUACUAUGCAUGGAUUUAACUCAGGAAUACACUUUGGGAAUGGGAGCGCCAGAGGCCUUGCCCGAAUACAUACUUACCGAACUUCCUCAGAAGACUUUGGAUCCCACCAAUCCUGCUCCUUCCUCUUCCGCCUACUCACACUACAGGAUAAGUAUGACUUCAGAGUUUGAAGCUUGAGCAACAUACCACAGAACAGACACUUUGCCAGUCUGAAUGUGGGAGAUUCACCGCCCCCGGCAUCAUUUUACAGACAAACCCUCAGUCAGUUCCAAAUGGUGCGUGUGGUUCUGAUUUGAGAAAACUAAAAAGGGUGAUACUGGUUACUUUUAUUAUAAAUGUAUAUAGCAGGAAAACAUGUAAAUGGAUUUUGUGAAAGCAGGACUUUUAUAUAACUAUUUGAUAUUAUACAACAUUAGAGCUAAUGAUGAUAAUGGCAUCACAGGCUCUUAUGAUAUCUGGCAUUAGCAUGAAUCAUAACUUCAGCUUCACAUCACACAAAACAACACAUCAAGCAAAUAAUGAUCCAUCACAUUUUCCAAAUCCAGCGAUUUAACCCCAGUGGGCUGCGUGUAAACAUUAUCUAAGGUUAAUCGGGUUUAACAGAGCAAUACAGAAACUGCAGCUCACACUAUGCUUAGCAGCAGCGUUAAAGAAAGAUGACAUUUUCUGCAUCUGGUGGAUGUAAACGCCAUCGGUGUUGAAACACUGUGACACAAAGCCCAACCAAAACAUUCCAUAUAUGUGCAUUCCGCAUUGUUUGCUUCCACAUUGGUAGUUAUCGCUUUUUACUUUCAAACCUGCUUAUUUAUCUUUAGUGCCUCAAGCGACUGCAGAUGUGGAUUGUUGGACUUAAAUGCAGCCAGAAUGCAUGUUGAUGCCAGGUGCAAAGGGAGCCAUGGUGCUUAGAACGGUUUUAUAUUGAAGUGUUUAGAUACAUUUUACAGUUACAGUGCAACGUGUUGCAUCAAGAAGGUGGAGAGAUGCGGCUUCACAUUCAGCCAUGAAAAAGCAGGACUGAAUUAGAAUACAGUUAUUAUUCGUGCUCAUCUAGAGUCAUCCCUUCACCUUUUACUUUUAUUAUUUAGUUGAUUUUAACUAUUAAUGUUUUGUUACUAUGCAUUACUGUCUUAGAAUUCCUUCUGGUGUCCUUUUAAAAACAAAAACAAUUAAUUUGUGGGCACUCUGAAAUCAUAACUACAUUCCAGGACCUUGUUCGCUCGCUUCACCCAGGUCACAGCACGUCUGAUACGGGUGACGGCGUCUCUCCAUCAGAGGAGGUGAACUUUUUUUUUUUUUUUUUUACCCACGGUAUACUCUGCUGACACAUUGAUACCUCCCAUUGCUUUCCAUUUAUUGUUCUGUGUUUGUUUUUUAGUGAUGCAGUGAUAUUGUUUGGAAUUUAAACUGGAUGUGAAGAAUGCUUUUGCACAGCUGAUGUAAUCAUUAAUAAUGAAUUUAUGGUGUUUUUGUUUUCUUUUAAUAGAGCUGUGCUUUAACACAGAGUUAAUCGCAUCUAAUAAUGAUGAAUUUUGUUGUGAAAACUGAAUUUAACAAACCUUUGGGAAUUUUAAGUUUUGAAAUAUUUUAAAAAUAAAAUAAAUAGUACUUUUAAAAAUACUGCAGAGCCUACUUCAUGUUGUUUUCCAAGUAUAUGCUAUAAAUCUUGCUGAUGUAGCUUGUUGUUGUUGUUGUUGUUGUUGUUGUUUUUCAUUAUUUUCAGUGCUGUGAACUGUAACUGUAGCAGACACUAAUGUAGCAUAACCCACUCAGUAAAUGUAGCCGAGGCUGCUCAGACUGACCACUGUGUGGCGCCUGAAUCCAUGCACUGAGCUCUGUCUGCAUCACGCUCUCAGUAAUGUAGUGGAAGUGACCUAAUUUUUAUGGUUUGCAGAGAAGCGGUCCUGCAGUGCUUUUAAUUAGUCAGUGAAUUAGUUUUCUGCAGCAUGUCACUAUUUCACAGCUACACAGACGUCUUAAUGGAGCUGGUUGUUUAGCAUCUAAGUUUUGCAGCUUUUUGGAAAUCAACACAAACACUUUGGGGGCCAUCAGUCACAGUCGCAUCCCAUUUGAAAGCAGUUGCCAAACCUAGAGCUGUCUUCUUCCUGCCAGCAUGUGUUGUUGUGACUGUCUGUCGAGCGCUGUUGUCACACAAUCCUCCAGCUCAUGACUUAUUUAUCCACUGCCCCGUGAGAGCAGGGAGUGUUCUUUGAAUCAGGCAGACAGGUUGUCGGAGUACUAUUAUGUAAGAUGUGCGAGGCUUGCCUCUCACUGGACUCUGACCUGUCCUCAUCUUUCAUUAUGACAGAGACAGAUGUGCACAGUAAGGAUAUUUUAGAAAACGGGAAGCAUGGCAAACAUUUCGCUGCAACCCUUUGUGUGUGGCUAAAAUCAGUUGGUGUGAAAUUAUUUCCUCUGCACUCCUAUACAAGAAUAUCUCUUAAAUACUAGACAGACAAAUUUUGCUUGGUAGUAACGCCCAAAAUAGAUGAUGACUCAUGAUUAUUCCUGAAACCCGAAACCUGAAACUAAAGUGAAAAUCGAAAAUUGUGGUCUGGAAUUGAAACUAAAGAUUAGUUGAUUUACUAGUGUGAUUGUAAUCCAUAACUUACCGGCAGCCCAAUAAAA